GCUUGAGAGAUUAUGAAAACUUUUUUUGUUGGAAAGCGUGACUACAAGCAAACACUAGCUUUACAAGAGGUUAUUUUUAACCAAAAGAUCAAGCGUCAGAUUUCCGUCCAACGUAAUGAGGUAUCACUUCCUCUGCUGCCAGAUGUCACAAUCAUGGUAGAGCAUGUUGAUCCCGUCUAUACCAUCGGGCGCCGCGACACAGUCAGCGGCCUUCCUCAGCCAUGCAACAUUACGGUGGUGAAGACCCGAAGGGGGGGCGGCAUCACAUACCAUGGCCCCGGCCAACUGACCGCCUAUCCAAUUGCCAACAUUCAGAUGUUGUGGAAGAAGUGCACCGCAGAGAAGGUUCGCUCGCCCAUUGAGUGGUUUAGUCACGUUCUGGAGUGUGCGAUGAUGGACACAGCGGCCCACUACGGCAUUCCCACCCAUGCCUAUAAAACGGGCAUCUGGUCUGAUGCUUACCAAAACCAACCUCAUAAAAAGUUAGGCUCAAUUGGUCUGCAACUGGGAAGCUGGGUGUCAAUGCAUGGUGUUGGCUUCAACGUCUGCCCUCAGUUGGACCACUUCGACCGCAUCGUUAUGUGUGAGAUGCCUGGGGAAAGGGCUACCUCUCUUGAAAAACAGAUUGAAAUACGUGGGCUUUCAGUUAGGACACCCUUAAUACAUGAAACGGCUGCAAUGAUACUAAACGCCAUGGUGCAGCGAUUAAGCCAACCAACGAGCUAUAGCGUGGAUUCACUGGUCGACCUAUCGGAAGAAAAACAAUGGGAAUCAACUUUGCUCUCUCUUUCAGGUUACUCUGACCCACAUCAAGAUAAUUAA